AUGAAUGAGAAAGGCAUGACAUGUCCUAUCACAAACGCAACUGGCAUUGCGACAAUCAGUUUGAGACCGAUAGUGCCAGAUAGACAAGCUUUUCAGAGGGAACAAUUGAAGAUUGAGGAUGAUGGAAUGAAAAUUGAAAUUAAUGAAAUCAAAAGAUUGCUCGCAGAAAAGAAUGCAUUAUUGCCCGAUAUAGAAAAUGAUUUGGUCUACAGGGAUGAAAGCAAACUGACAACACGUUUGGAAGAAUUGGAGAUUACAUACUCUCAAACGAAGUUCACUUCUAGUCGUACUGAAAAUAAGGAAAUCGAUAAACUGGAACGAAAUCGAGCCAAAUUAGCGCAAGUUUUUUAG